AUGGCCGCCAAAAAGAACAAGAAGCAAAAGCGCGAGGACUAUCGCGCCGCCAUGAAGCAGGACGAUGUCCUCACCAUGCCUCGCAAGAAGUUUUACCGCCAAAGAGCCCACGCCAACCCCUUCUCCGACCAUCAAUUAGUCUACCCACCACACCCUGACCAAAUGGACUGGUCCACCCUCUAUCCAGCCUAUGUCGCCCAAGAAGAGUCACAGCCAGAAGCCACCCCAUCAUCAACAACAGAAGACCUCUCGGCACCAGUCAAAGUAAAAAAGCUCACCCAAGACGUCGAAGUAGCCGACAUAGGCUGCGGCUUCGGCGGCCUCCUCAUCGCCCUCGCCCCCGUCAUGCCCCAGACCCUCGUCCUCGGCCUCGAGAUCCGCGUGAGCGUCACCCAGUUCGUCGAGGACAGAAUCAAGGUCCUCCGUCGGCAAAACGAAGAAAGCAAAGCCUACCAAAACGUGUCUGUUCUCCGCGCCAACACGAUGAAGUUCUUGCCCAACUUUUUCAGGCAGGGGCAGCUGUCCAAGAUUUUCAUCUGUUUUCCCGACCCGCACUUCAAGGCGAGGAAGCACAAGCAGAGAAUUGUGAGCACGACGCUGAAUUCGGAGUAUGCUUAUGCGGUGAGGCCGGGGGGGGUUGUGUACACGAUUACGGACGUGCCGGAUUUGCAUGGGUGGAUGGUGCAGCAUUUUGAGGCGCAUCCGAUGUUUGAGAGGGUUGGGGUGGAGGAGCAGGAGGGGGAUCCGUGUGUGGAGAUUAUGAGGAAUGCGACGGAGGAGGGGAAGAAGGUGGAGAGGAACAAGGGGGAGAAGUUUGUGGCGUUGUUUAGGAGGUUGGAGGAUCCUGUGUUUUAG